CGUCCAAGUUCGACUUGAAACUACCGAUAAUUCGCAUUCGCAUUUUAUCCGUGUAUAGUAAAAGUUAGACGCCCGCUGACACUCUCGAUUUCAUCCAGAUUAUCGGGGAAAAUGUCGACUUUAACGCGCACUAAUAGUCACAGCAAAAGGCCCCAAUAUAAAGACUAUGUGUCUUUUUUGGGCAGUUACCGGAACGAGAAAAAAGACGAUUCAAAUGGCAUUGUACCGUCCGACAGUGGAGUGAAUUUCAGUCUCAACAGUUCCGCAAAUAAUUCUUCUAAUAGUGUUUUUUCUGAUGUGAGUGAUCAUUCAAGUAAGACCAGUGUUGUAUCAGCCAAGCCCAAGCAAGUGGUAAAGUCCGAAAUGUUUAUUCAAAUCAAAAGCCCUCCAAUACAGCAGGCUUAUCCCACGCAAGUGUUCAAAGUGGAAGUUGUGGAUAAAGAGCAGCAACCAGAAAAAAAGAUAUCCGUAGGACAGACCGCAAAAAUAUUCGAGAAAAAUGACCAGGUUGAUUCAGUUGGUGACAAAGUAGCUGCAAACGGUUUGAAAGCCAAACAGAGCAGCUUCAGGCAGAAUUCUAUUGGCCAAUUGUCCAAGAAAUUUGAGAACUCAGAUGGUCAAAAUGAAACGGUUGGUAAGCGAUACGUUAAACGGGCCACCAGUAUUGGAGAAGUGUCGAAAAUUUUCGAAAACGGCAACUCGGGUGAAGAAAGAAAGCGCACCUUGCACAGGCCGAAAAAUUUCAACGCUGUUCCCAAGCCCUUCCAGGCCGACCCAGCUCCAUCAAAGACAACUGCUGAAGCAAAAAUUUCAAUCAAACCAGCCAUUUCACCUAAACCAAUCUUGGCACCGCCAGCAUUUCCCAAAUUUGUUCCAGAACCACCACGAUCUUAUACAGACAGUGUGGAUUCUGCACUUUCUUCGCUCUCAAUCUCUCCAUCACCGUCUCAAUGCGCUAGUCCUCCUCCUGGAGGUUUGCUAUCGCCACCACCUCCGCCUCCACCUCUGCCACCAUCUAGUUUCUCCUUCAAACCGGUUUCGGUCCAAAAAGUAGUUUCCAACAACUCCACUACAUUGAUCAAACCAGUCACUGUUCCUCAAACUAAUGGCCACGCUAACACCAAUGGGACCUUGGAUAAAAACGACCCAAGAGUGAAAAAGGCUGUUUAUGGUGCUCUAAGGAAUAUGUAUGGCGCUUACCAUGACCAGGCUAAUGAUUAUCUGGCUACUUUACCCAAGAACAGGGUGAGGAAGAACAAUGGACUGGACAGCAUCAUUGCCAGCAUUGCAUCUCAAGGUGGAUUGGAGAAACUUAGUGGUAGAGCUAAUCCCAAACAAGACAUCGAGUAAAAUUGAGUAGCUAAAGCUGUGCCUUAACAAUUUUCGCCCUUCUAUUGGCAGAUGAGAGAUUUAAAAUGGGAAACGAUUUUGGCCACAUAGUUUGAUUACCGAACUUAGUGAAACCAGUGAUUUACCUAUUUUUAUAGAUUGCAAUUUUGAAGCUUCCGAUCUUAUGUAUGUUUUCCGUGAAAAUAUAGAUCUUAUUUUAAUA